UGAAGCCAUUCAGCAGAGCUCACACAGAGACUGCAGAGCUGCACCAGAGCGCACAGAAGGGAGAUCCACAGCCGCGAAGAGACGCACACAACCCCGCGUGGUUAAUCCCAGAGACAUCAGCAGCUACCGUGUGUUUAUACUGUGGAGACACAAGAAGGAACACAGUGUUGGAUAAGUGCUUGGAGCCGUGGAGUUAUAUAAGGAAGCCUCCGCGUCGACGCAGUGCCCGGGUGACUCAUUGAUAAAUAACACGGGCUUUCUCCGAGCAGAUGCAUGAAUGACCGCCAGUGAACGCAACCCAAGAAAUCUGUGAAGGAGACUUUUACAGAUCCGUUUACAGGACAUUUGGAUCCAGAUCGUGUUGGUGCUCUUUUGCAUUUUAGCACAUUUUUGUAUUCCUGAGGGCCUUGCAAGCAGAGGACUGAAAACAUAAAUCCCAGUCAGUGUUACUGUGUUGCUUCUUUACGCAGCAGACAGGACACUCUACUCUCCAAACCCUCCUCGCUUCUCCACAUCGUUCUUUCCACUCCUGCUUAUAAAUGCUUGACAGGCUCAAGCCCGUCAUCCAGAUCGAGUCGGUAAUGGCGAUCAGCAAGACGGUGGGGUGGCUCCGGGAGCAGCUGGAGACGCGCAGGGACGGCCUGUUGGUGAUGGACUGCCGGGCCCAGGAGCUCUACGAGUCCUCGCAUGUAGACUCCUCCAUCAACGUGGCCAUACCGAGCCUGAUGCUCCGCAGGCUGAAGAAAGGAAACCUGCCCGUGAGGUCGCUGCUCUCCAACGGGGAGGACCGGGAGAAGUUCGUGCGUCGGUGCAAGACGGACACCAUCGUGCUGUACGACGAGUACAGCCGGGAGUGGAACGAGAACGUGGACGGGGGAUCCGUGCUCGGUUUACUGCUGAGGAGGAUGAAGGACGAAGGCUACAAGGCCUAUUAUCUGGAGGGUGGUUUCAGUAAAUUCCAGGCCGAGUAUCCCACUCUGUGCGAGACUAACCUGGACGGGUCCUGCAACACCAGCUCCCCCACCGCGCAGGUGCUGGGCCUCGGCGGGCUGCGGAUCAGCUCCGACUCCUCGGACAUCGAGUCUGACAUCGACCGGGACCCCAGCAGCGCCACGGACUCCGACGGCAGCCCGCUGUCCAACCCGCAGCCCUGCUUCCCGGUGGAGAUCCUGCCGCACCUGUACCUGGGCUGCGCCAAGGACUCCACCAACCUGGACGUGCUGGAGGAGUACGGCAUCAAGUACAUCCUGAACGUGACCCCCAACCUGCCCAACCUCUUCGAGAACGCAGGGGAGUUUAAGUACAAGCAGAUCCCCAUCUCGGAUCACUGGAGCCAGAAUCUCUCCCAGUUCUUCCCGGAGGCCAUCAGCUUCAUUGAUGAAGCUCGAGGUCAGAAAUGUGGCGUCCUGGUCCACUGCCUGGCCGGCAUCAGCCGCUCCGUCACGGUAACGGUUGCCUACCUGAUGCAGAAGCUCAACCUGUCCAUGAACGACGCCUACGACAUCGUCAAGAUGAAGAAGUCCAACAUCUCCCCCAACUUUAACUUCAUGGGCCAGCUCCUGGACUUCGAGCGCACGUUGGGCCUGAAGAGCCCGUGUGAUAACCGCAUUGCGCCGCCGACACAGCAGCUUUACUUCACCACCCCGACAAACCACAACGUCUUCCAGCUGGACCCCCUGGAGUCCACGUGAGGUCUGAGGCCAACCCCCUUCUUCCUGCUGGAGGUUUUGUCAGCCUCCUGUUGAAAAAGCUGCAAAAAGUUUCUCUUUUUUCCGCCGUCUGCCAUGGCACUGGGCUCUUGACCUUCUUGAUCCGGCGUGUUUGAGGCGUGCUUACUGGAGGGCCAAAGCGUUCUGGCCAAGGCGCCGCUGCUGUUGACUAAAUGAGGAGAGACAGUGGAGAGAUUCACUUAAAGGGUGCAGGAACUUUCUUCAAUCUUUUAUCACUGUUGGACUUUCUCAUUUUCUCUGCAGAAAAGUGAUUUGCUUCAAAGCUCCUGGGCUGGUGUGCCAAAGAGACAUGAUGGUUCAAACUGGACACAUCUAAAAAAACUCUUUUUUAUGUUUGUUUCGGGGUCCAGCACUGGGUGCCCCGAGACGUCAGCGUGUCUCCUUCGUCUUCUGUGAAGACUUGCCUGUGUGGGGCGAAGCACCCCAGCUUUAGAUGGCACAAUAUAUACCGGACUCAAUUUUGCAUUUGUGGAGUCUUUUCAAACAUUUAUACAUUGUGUAUAUAUCUUAAUAUAAAUGACAAUACAGUACAAGCCUUGCUUUAGUAUAUACCCUUUGCAACAAGUGGGUACUUAAGAUCCUCCUAUGUUUCAUAUUCUACUUUUAUGUAAGUAAACAAACUGCAUAUUGAUCAGUAUGUUUAAGUUGAUUAUGCCAAAAAUCAAGUCGGCUUUCCAUGAAUUCUGCAAAACUGUGUACAUGUGUAAUAUAUUUGAUAAUCGCUUUACGUGUGAAUUCAGCCGUCAAGGCCUUGUUUUUGCACCCUCCCUCUCCCAAAUCAAAGUCACCUUGGUUGUUUGCCUUACUUUUGUGCCCAGAAAGUCUUUCUUUUUGCAUUAACCUUCAGAGAUAUCCUAGAGAUUUUAUAAGUCUACACAAAAUGUCAACCAAACCCGGAGCAAUCCAUAGAUGCUAUCCAAAUGUUGGAGUCAGAAUAUCCUCCAUCUCUGAAGGUUAAUGUGAGUAAUCCUGCUCUGUGCACAAGGGGUAAAAGUCUCUGACAUGUGGACAAAGUUAGGAGGCUUUGCUCACCUCGCCUCUUCAGGGAAAACUCUGCCAAAUGCAGUUUGUGUUUGUCAAGAUGAAAAGAAAAAGAAUCCAGAGCUUUGGAGAGCUUACAGAGAAGGCCAUUUCUCAGAGGAAGCCAUCUUGCUCCCCUCUGCCAACCCCCUCCGCUUUCCUCUCCUACGAAUGUAAAGAACAUAUAAGUUAUUAAUAAAUUGCUAUUUUGUCUACA